AUGGAGGAACUCCAAAGAUAUUUACAUCUUGAUAGAUCUCAAGAAGCCGCCUUUCUAUAUCCACUUAUCUUUCAGGAGUAUAUUUACGGGCUUGCUCAUAAUUAUAGUUUAAAAAGAUCUCGUUUGUUGGGAAAUCCGGGUUAUGAUAAUAAAUACAGUUUCCUACUUGUGAAACGUUUAAUUACUCGAAUGUAUCGACAAAAUCAUUUUAUUAUUUUUUCUAAUGAUUCUAAUAAAAAUAUAUUUUUUGGUCGCAACAAGAAUUUUUACCCGCAAACGAUAUCAGAAGGAUUUUCAUUUAUUGUGGAAAUUCCAUUUCAUAUACGAUUAAUAUCUUCUCCUGAAAAGAAAAGAAUAUUAAAAUCUUAUAAUUUACGAUCAAUUCAUUCACUAUUUCCUUUUUUAGAGAACAAUCUUUUACAUUUGAAUUCUGUAUUAGAUAUACUAAUACCCCGCGACGUCCAUCUAGAAAUUUUGGUUCAAACCCUUCGUUAUUGGGUAAAAGAUGCUUCUGCUUUGCAUUUAUUACGAUUAGUUUUCCACGAGUAUUGGAGUUGGGCUACUAUUAGUGUUACAAAGAAACCUCAUUUUGAUUUUUCACCAAAAAGAAAUCAAAGAUUUUUUUUCUUAUUAUAUAAUUCUCAUGCGUAUGAAUAUGAAUCUAUUUUAGACUUUUUGCGUAACCAAUCUUCUCAUUUGCGAUCAACAUCUUUUGUAUUCUUUCUUGAACGACUUUUUUUUUAUGGAAAAAAAGAACGUUUUGUAAAAGUCGUUGAGAAGGAUUUGCGGAUUAGUCUAUGUCUGUUCACGGAUCCUUUCAUGCAUUAUGUCAGGUAUCAAGGAAAGGCAAUUCUGGUUUCAAAGGAUACACCUCUUUUGAUGAAGAAGUGGAAAUCUUAUCUUGUCAAUUUUUGGCAAUGUCACUUUGAUCUAUGGUUUCACUCGGGAAGGAUUUCGCUAAAUCCAUUUCUCAACCAUUCACUUGACUUUAUGGCAUAUCUUUCAAGUGUGCAACUAAACUCGGUAAUGGUACGGGGCCAAAUGCUAGAAAAUGCAUUUCUAAUCAAAAAUUCUAUUAAGAAAUUAGAUACACUUGUUCCAAUUAUUCCUCUUAUUCGAUCAUUGUCUAAAGCUAAAUUUUGUAACCCAUUAGGACAUCCAAUUAGUAAGGCGGCUUGGACUGAUUUAUCGGAUUCUGAUAUGAUUAAUCGGUUUGGGUAUAUAUGCAGAAACCUUUCUCAUUAUUAUAGCGGGUCUUCAAAAAAAAAGAGUUUGUAUCGAAUAAAGUAUAUACUUCGACUUUCUUGUGCUAAAACUUUGGCUCGGAAACACAAAAGAACUGUACAUAUUUUUUUGAAAAGAUUAGGCUCGGAAUUUUUGGAAGAAUUCUUCGCGUCGGAAGAAGAAGACCUUUCUUUGACUUUCUCAAGAGCUUCUUCGACUUUUCGGGCGGUAUAUAGAAGUCGAAUUUGGUAUUUGGAUAUUGUUUAUAUCAACGAGUUGAGCAAUUAUCAAUCAUUCAUUCUAAAGACUUCUAAAUAG